CCUCGCCAGGUCUUCUGCGUCCUGAGGAUGGCUUUCGUGACCUCCUCCUCCGCCGCCUCCAUCAUAUCCCUGAUUCUGGUUGCGGGCGACAGGCACCUGGCCAUCCGGAAGCCUUUCCACUAUUUCCAGCUGGUGACGGGCUGGUGGGUCGGAGUGCGCUUAGUGGGGGUCUGGCUGGUGGCUGCCAUCAUCGGCUUCCUCCCCAUCCGGGGGGUGGAGCAGGCAGGGCUGGCGGGGGGCUGCCCCCCGUCCCGCCCCACCAGCGACAUGAAGGCCAUGCGCACCGUGGCCGUGCUCAUCGGCUGCUUCACGGUCUCCUGGCUGCCCUUCUUCAUCGCCAGCAUCGCGCAAACCGUCUGUCCCGGCUGCUUCCACUACGGCGUCAUCGAGAACUACCUCUGGCUGCUG